GUUGAGUGUGCCCAUGUGUUUGCGGUAAAGAAAUGCGGAUACAGAGCUUUAUCAGAGCUUUUAUCUAAAACACCUGGUUACGCCGAAUCACAAUUCGUGCCCUGGCAACUCUGGGCCAACAGAAAUAUUUUGAAUAGGCCAAACAAAAGCACUGACGUCGUGCUCUCGCCAAAAUCCGCCGACGUUGCCUCAAACAAUUACAAAAUAGCAGCAUUCUAGGUGGUACGAGCCGACGCCUUAUAUAACCAAGCACCACAGGAAACCGGCCCCCAAAUCCCGUCGAGAUGUUGCGAAUGUUGGGCAAUUCCCCCGCCAGCAUGCAGCUGAGUGUGCUGAAAAAUUGCACUCGGAGUCUGGGCUCUGUUCUGCCCCAGCUGAAAAUCCACGACUUUCAGGUGGUCAACGAGCCGAUCCUCACUUAUCGCAAGAACUCAGCGGAGCGCAAGGACCUCCAGCGGGCACUGAAGGCCGCCGCUUCGAACUGCGAGGAAAUUCCGAUCGUCAUCGGCGGCAAGGAGUUCAAAACGUCGGAGGUGCGCCACCAGGUGAUGCCCCACGACCACCAGCACAGCAUAGCUCGCUUCUACUACGCCGACAAGAAGCUCGUCGAGAAGGCCAUUAAAACGGCGGUGGAAACGCAGCCCAAGUGGGACCGCGUACCAAUCGAGGAUCGCUUGAAGAUCUGGGAGAAGGCAGCAGAUCUGAUGGCGACAACCUAUCGCCAGGAACUGAAUGCCGCCACCAUGCUGGGACAGUCCAAGACAGUUAUCCAAGCGGAGAUUGAUGCGGCAGCAGAACUGAUUGACUUUAUUCGUAUGAACGCAUACUUCCUCAAGGAGGCCACCAAAUACCAACCCAUCAGCGAAGACCCAAAAGUUACCAAGAACUCGUUGCGCUACCGCGGUAUUGACGGCUUUAUUGCGGCCGUGAGCCCAUUCAACUUCACAGCCAUUGGCGGCAACCUGUCCUACACCCCAGCUCUGAUGGGUAACGGUGUGGUGUGGAAGCCCUCGGACACGGCCAUGCUGUCCAACUGGCGCAUUUUCAACAUCAUGCGGGAGGCGGGAGUACCCGACGGAGUCGUUAACUUUGUUCCCGCCGAUGGACCUGUGUUUGGUGACACGAUAACCGCCAGCCCCCAUCUGGCCGGCAUCAAUUUCACUGGCUCGGUGCCAACCUUCAAUCGCCUGUGGAAGCAGGUGGGAAACAACAUUGACAAGUACGUUAACUUUCCACGAUUGACGGGCGAGUGCGGAGGCAAGAAUUUCCACUUCGUGCACAAGUCCGCCGACGUUGAGUCGGUGGUCACCUCCACCAUCCGCUCGGCAUUUGAGUACUGCGGACAGAAGUGUUCUGCCUGCUCCCGAAUGUAUGUGCCCGAAUCACUGUGGCCAAAGAUCAAGGAGGGCCUACAAUGCGAGGCCGAGAAGCUGAAAAUCGGCGACGUGCAAGACUUCAGCAGCUUCACAUCUGCUGUGAUUGACGACAAAGCAUUUAAACGCAUUACUAGCUACAUUGAACACGCCAAGAAGUCCCCCAACCUGGAGAUCCUCGCCGGCGGCACUUACUCGGACAGCAAGGGCUACUUCGUCAACCCGACCAUAGUGCUCAGUAAGGAUCCCAAGGACCGCAUCAUGACCGAAGAGAUCUUUGGCCCCGUGCUGACGAUCUACGUCUACAAGGAGUCCGAUCUAUUGGAAACAAUGAAGCUGGUGCACACCUCCACCAAAUUCGCUUUAACCGGAGCAGUAUUCGGCCAGGACGAGGAAUUCGUCAAGUGCGCUCUGCAGGAGUUUAAAAUGGCCGCUGGAAACUUCUAUAUUAACGACAAGUCGACUGGAUCAGUGGUGGGCCAGCAACCCUUCGGCGGUGGCCGCAUGUCCGGCACCAACGACAAGGCCGGCGGCCCGCACUACAUCCUGCGCUGGACCUCGCCGCAGUCCAUCAAAGAGACGUUUGUGCCGCUGCGGGACGUCAACUACCCGUACAUGAGCGAAUAAGCUGGUCGGGCGCCACAACCAACAGAAAGACGACGGGGAUGUAGGGGAGAAGCGAUAACCGACAGGAAUCUCAUAUAACUACUAACUAAAUAAAUACCUAUAUAUGUA